AUACAUAUCAAGCCUCCAUGCAUGCGUGUCUACAGUGCCUAUAUACACACCCAAUCCAUCAAUCAACCACACUGUAAAGCAAGCAACCAUCUACCCUCUCCUCCCUCAACAUCCAAACCACCAAGAAAGAAAAUGGCCUGGGAAUUCCUCCGCCCAAUCCUCACCCCCGCCGCCCUCCUCUCAAUACAGGCCAACGCCUCGCCACUCCUCACCCUCCUCCUCGUCUACAUCGGCCUCACGACGCUCUGCGUGCUGGUGUGGUACAUUCACUUCCGGACUUCCAAGGCAUAUCCUGCUACCAAGAAGAAGGAUAAUGGUGGUGGUGGUUUGAAGAAAAAGGGUGGGGAGGGGUGGUGGUGGGUGGGUCGGCUGAGGCUUCGAGGGUGGAUGCGCGGGUAGAGAAGGAGGGCUAGAGAAAGGGGGUUAGUUACACAUGUAUGAGGCUUGGAGUUAGAGGAGGUUUUAUCUUUUUGGCGAUUUGUGCGUGGUUUGCGCUGUUGGGUGUUGCUGUUGGUGGAGGAGGUUUUGGUUGACUUGUUUGCCCAGGCAUAGUCCCACGAACAUGCCGUCGUCUCACUGACAGGCCAAUUCAACCGCGCAUUCACAUAUAACUCGUCUAGGCAGACACAAGAACAAGCGUAGACCGACUGUCGUCUACUUCCGUAACAUAUUAAUAGGGGACCGCGUCCCGCGUAGCUGAUGUA